GAAGAGGAAAAGAUGCACAACAGUAGUGAAGUGGCUGUAAUAGAAAACGUGCACAAUGCUGACGCUGACGACAGCAAUGGAUUAAUUCAACAAAGGAAGCGCGAACAAACUGAUAAGCAGCCAUUCCCUGUUAUAGGGAGUGAAUAUUCUGAUAGAUCUACAGAGAAAACAUCGUAUGAAGAGAAAACAUUUAGUGAUGAAAACAAGGUCAAACAGAAAUUUAAUUCCAUGGAUGACCUUGAUGACUUAACUCAGUCAUCUGAAACAUUUUCGGGACAUUGUGAGUUGCCUUACUCCAACUGUAAGAAUUUCAUGUUGCUAAUUGAACAACUUGGCAUGGAUUGUAAAGAUCCUGUUAGCUUACUGAAAAUCCAAGAUGCACUUCUUUCCUAUGAAAGAUUAAUAGAACUUAAGAAAAAUCACUGUGAAAUACUUACAGGAAAAAUUAAAAAAAUGGAAAAUAAGAAUAGCGAACUACAAAAGGAGCUAUCAGAAACAAAAGAAAUGAAAUCACAGUUAGAGCAUCAAAAAGUGAAAUGGGAACAAGAACUCUGCAACUUGAGGUUUACAUUAAAAGAAGAAAAAGAGAAGAGAAGAAAUAUGGAUGUGUUAUAUGACAAAAUAAGGGAGCAGUUAAGAAAAAAAGAGGAGCAAUAUAUAAAAGUAGUUGAAAUGAACCAACAACUCGAAACCACUCUUAGAACACUAGACAUGGACUUGAAGAUUGUAAAAAAGAAUUUAAAUCAGGUUAUAGAAGAGCGAAAUGACAUUCAAAGGCAACUUUCUCGAGAACAGAAUGCCAGAACAUUGCAAGAGGAAAUUUUGACCAGUCACCUUUGCAAACAAAAGGAGAUACAGACAGCUCAUGACAAAAUAAAUUCUGAGGAUGAAAUUGCCACACUAAGACUGGAGAUAGAUGCAAUUAAAAAUCAGAACCAGGAAAUGGAAAAAAAAUAUUUUGAGGACAUUGCAGUUGUCAAAGAAGAUAAUGACCUUCUUCAAAAGACAAUACAACUAAAUGAGGAAGAAUUUACAAAAACAGUAUCCCAAUAUAAUGGGCAGCUUAAUGUUCUGACAGCGGAGAAUACAAUACUGAAGUCUAAACUGGAGACUGAACAACAAAACAAAGAGAGACUGGAAACAGAAAUUGAAUCAUACCGGUCGAGACUGGCUGCUGCUGUACAGGACCAUGAGCAAAGUGAGGCAUCAAAAAGAGACCUGCAACAUGAUUUCCAGAGAACAAGAGAUGAAUGGUUUCGUUUACGGGACAAAAUGAAUUGUGACAUGUCUGACCUGGAAGACAGAAACGAGAUUCUUUCUCAACAACUUUCUAAAGCUGAAAGUAAAUUCAAUAGCCUAGAGAUCGAGCUUCAUCACACAAGAGAUGCUCUCAGAGAAAGGACUUUGGUUUUAGAGGGUGUACAGAGAGAUCUAAGCCAAACACAGUGUCAAAAGAAGGAAAUCGAACAUAUGUAUCAAAAGGAACAGGGUAAAGUGAGUAAAUACAUUGGAAAACAGGGCUCCUUAGAGGAGAGGCUAUCUCAACUACAGAGCGAAAAUGUGUUGCUGCGACAGCAGCUGGAUGAUGCUCACAAUAAAGCUGACAGUAAAGAAAAGACAGUAAUUAACAUUCAGGAUCAGUUUCAGGAUAUCAUAAAAAUAUUUCAAGCCGAAAGUAAAAAACAAGCUCUUAUGCUGAAUGAAAGAAAUAAGGAGUUAAUCAGUGAGUGCAAUCAUUUAAAAGAAAGGAUGAAUCAGUGUGAAAAUGAUAAAGCAGAAAGAGACGCAAUGGUGAGACAACUUCAACAAGAACUGGCUGACACCCUAAAAAAACAAUCAAUGUCAGAGGCCUCACUGGAAGUUACAUCACGUUAUCGUAUGGAUUUAGAGGAAGAGUCACAGGAUUUAAAGAAGAAAUUAGAUCACGUCAGAAGUCAAUUACAAGAAGCACAGGAUCGAUGCGCAGCGGCUGAAAGAUGUGCCGAGGAGACACAAGAUCACAUGCAAAAGCAUGAAAUGGAAAACGCCAACUUAAAAGUUACAAUCAAAGAGCAAUCACUGAAAAUUGAACACCUUCAGACAGUCCUGGUAGGUACAAAUUUGUCUCAGGAUGAAAGGGAACAAUUAAAGGAAUAUAUUAAGUUAAAACAGUCUCUGGAAUAUAACUUGGAUCAAGAAAUGAAGAAAAAUCGUGAAUUAGAAAAAGAGAUAACCGGAUUUAAGAAACUCUUAAAAAGUACAAAAAGGAAGCUCAAUGAAUAUGAAAAUGGAGAGCUUAGUUUCCCUGGAGAUUUAAAAGCAAAUCAAAUUGAAGUGGAUAUUCAGAUUAAUAUGUUAAAACAUAAGAAUGAUGAUCUUACAGCAAAACUGGAAGCUGCGUCUUCAAAAUGUCGGCAUCUGGAUGAAAAAAAUAAAUGUCUUCAACAGGACUUACUAUCAAUGAAAGCAUUACAAAAAAAAUGUGAAAAACUAAAGAAUGAAAAAAAGAAGUGGAAACAAGAAGGAAUAAACCUCAAAACACAUAUGGAAAUGAAUAUGGUAGAAUUCAGUGAAUUAGAACAGUAUAAACGGAAGAUUGAGGAAAGAGCAAGACAGGAUAUAGAAGAAAAAUUAGAAGAAGUCAAUCUAUUUUUACAGACACAAGCAGCAUCUCAAGAAAAUCUGGAGCAGUUAAGAGAGAAUCAUAAUGCUUCAAUAAGAAGUCAGUUGGAACUCAGAAUUAAAGAUCUAGAAUCUGAACUCUCCAAAAUAAAAAUUUCUCAGAGUUCUAAAGAAAUAAAUUUGGAAAAAUAUAAGCAACUCUACCUGGAAGAAGUAGAAAGUAGAAAGUCAUUAACAAAUAUACUAAACAAGACUAAUGAGAGGCUAGCAGAGCUCAACACCGAACUUCUCCUGCAGAAACAGCAGAACAGAUCUUUACUCAGCUCUCUUCCUCUGAAGCCGGGCCUGGAGAUGCCUUGUGUUGGGAAUCUUAACAAUCCUUCGGGGCUCUAUGGAAGCUUCAGUCCAAGAGAAAACUUGGUGGUUCCUACCUCACGGCCACAGACUUCGAGUAGGAGCAUGGAGACUUACUUGAUGGAGAUGCGGCAGGAGUUUGAAAAAACUCUAACUAGAGAACUAAGAGAAGAUGCUGCUGAAUUUGAAGCUGAAGCCUAUAAAGCUUGUCCUGUAGCAUCAACUGAUCAGGCAAAUUCAUGUCAGGAUCUCAUUUUGAAAACAUCACGAGAAUAUGCAGAGAUUUUGAGGAAAAAUUAUAUGAUCUGAAAUGUAAAUAGUAAUUUAUAUACUGGACUGUUUACAUAAUAGUUUAAUUAUUUUCCACUAAACCUCUUGAUAUGUGAAAUCUUUAUUAAAGAAAAAUAUUUUUGGAUCA